AUGGUCGCGAGGUCGGGCCAGUGGAUUCGUAACGUUUUCGCCAUGCGAGUCCAGAGCGCAGUAGUCCUGUUGGCAGUAGCGAUCGCCGCGGUGUCGGCCCGGCCGGAGGAGUCCAAGAGGGCCGAGGUGGUGGCGGCCAAGGAGGACAAACAGGAGCCGGCCGGCAAGAGCAAGCGCGGCCUCUUCGAUCUCGGCUUGGGGCACGACUUCCACGACUUCGGGGGCCACUACGACCACGGGCACAUCUCCCACGUCACCAUCACCAAGGAGGUCAAGGUGCCCGUACCCUACUCGGUCGAGCACGUGAAACACGUCCCGGUACCGGUGCACGUCAAGGUGCCUUACGAUGUACCUAGACCAGUCCACGUGCCUCACCCCGUGCCUUACCCCGUGGAGAAGGUGGUGCAUUUCCCGGUUGAGAAGCCAGUGGCUGUACCCGUGCAUGUACCAGUGAAGGUUCCAGUCAUCGAAAAGUAUCCUGUGUACGUACCUGAAAAGCACGUGGUCCACGUCGAUCGCCCGUAUCCCGUAGUUCACAAAGAAGUAGUGAAAGAACCGUAUCCAGUGCUCAUCCACGAAAAGCACCACCACGACUACGGACACUACGACCACGGCCACCUUCUCCACGGCUUCCACUGA